UCACUUAUUCUCUCCCAAGCCAAAACUUUGUGACUCCACCUCAGCCCCAGUGGUCCCGCCAUCCCUCUCUGCACACAGAAGGAAAUUCUGGACGCGCAGAAGGAGGAAAGAACAUCAUGGCCAGGGAUCCCCAGGAGAGCAACCAGGAAUUCAACCUGCAAGAUGCACACGCGUCUAAAGCCAGGAAGGACCGCCACAAAAGAUACAAGAUCUGUGGGGUGCUGCUUAGUACCCUGUUGCUCUCCCUCAUCCUGACCAUUUUGGGCGCCUACUAUUUUUGGAAGCCGUACCCCAAAAAAAUCUAUGACAUGGAGCACACAUUUUUCAGCAACGGCGAGAAGCAGAAGAUCUUAAUGAAGAUCGACUCACUCACCAGGACAGAGAUCUUCCAAACUGGAAAGGGCAGCGAGGAAGUCCUGGAAAUACAUGAUUUUAAGAACGGAAUAACCGGCAUCUUUUUUGUGGGGGAUCCAAAGUGCUUCAUCAGAAACCAGAUUCAAGGGAUACCUGAAAUAUCUGAAGUGGAAAUGGAAGAGCCUGAGGGUGAGGAAAUUACAGCCACCUAUUUCGAACAAUCCGUGAUCUGGGUUCCAGGGGAGAAGCCAAUUGAAAAUAAAGAUUUCCUGAAGAACUCCAAAAUCUUCGACCUCUGCAAAAAUGUGACUGUUUACUGGAUCCAUCCAACUUUGCUAAGAGAGCCGGAACUCCUCGACUUUGGAAAUGGAGGGAAGGAGGAGGAUCGGGUCCCUACAAGCAAGCAAGAAUGGGCCGAAGAGCAGGAGGGAAAGGGAGAGCACUCGGCCAAGGAAAAGGUGCCAGGCACCAGGCGACAGGCGCGGCAGCUCACGGAAGAAGACCUCCCGGUAAACGACUACACGGAGAACGGACUCGAGUUUCACCCCCUCUGGGACGAGAGAGGAUACUGCUGCGCCCGCUGCCGUCGCGCCCAUCGAUACUGCCGGCGAGUGUGCGAGCCUCUCCUGGGAUAUUACCCCUACCCUUACUGUUACCAAGGCGGGCGGGUGAUCUGCCGCGUGAUCAUGCCAUGCAACUGGUGGAUAGCACGGAUGUUGGGGCGGGUGUAAGCACGCCCGGCCCCCCAAAAAGAAAGUCCAAUAUAACGCAGCAGGUAAAACCCACUCAGGCCGUCCCCUACGGGCACCCUUGUGCUCCCAAUACCCUCCUUGCCAUUACCACAAUCCAAUGGGAACAUGUGGAAGACCCACCCUUAAACCCAUGGACAU